GAAUUUAAAAAUGGCGUGUACCGUGUUGUAUGUGUAGGUGGGAAAAAUGGGCAAAUUCGAAAGGGAAAAAGGAGAAAAGACUGUCACUGAGCGACACCAUUGCUUUCUUUUCCACCUUACGACGUUUCCAACUCCUGUUUCGGAGGCCCAGGUUUUGUGUAAUUUGACUUCUACUAUGAGGGGUGGCGGUGCGGAAGAUCAGUUCUUCGACACCUGUGAUGAAUCUACAUCUGAUUUGGGCUCCGAUUGUUCGGAGAUUUGUGUGAAUUCUGGGGCUGACAAUCGUGCUUUGGAGUAUGAGUUUUGGACUAAAGAGCCAGGUAGUGUCAAUGAGAGACGCGAGACGUUUCUCAGAUGGAUGGGUUUGAGUCUGGAACGGCGUGGGAUUAGUGAUGCUGAAGACGAGGAUUCGGAUAACGAUGAUGUGAAAAGGUUUAUUGAAAGAUUGAGGGAUGAUGGAGAGUCGGUGCUGGCAAACUUGGAUGCUGACAAGCAGUUUUUCUCAUCUGGUUCGUUGCAAUCGUGUGACACUGGUGGUGCGGAGGAGGAGAGUCUCACUUGCCAAAUGAAGGUUCUGGGCAAUGGAACAGAAUCUGUCUCGGAUGAACUGACUGACGAUGAGUAUCUUUCAACAUCGCUCGACAUAUCCUCGGAUAAGAUGAUAUCGCUGGAUGAGUUUCAGAAAACACUUGGCUCAUCGUCUUUGGUGCAGAAGUUGUUGACAAAAGAGUGUAAGAAGUUGAACAUAGUUGACCGAAAGAAGAAGACUAACUGGCUCCAGAAAUUCAGUUCCGUCAUCCAAAUUGUGGAUAAGGCAAAAGGGCUACUCAAUAAGACAGAGAUUGAUUCAACAGAGGGCCCUUCAGGAAGAGUUCGUGUCAGUGCUUGUAAAAAGAAUUUGAAAGAACUAUCAUCUCUUUACACUGGGCAGGAAUUUCCUGCACAUGAAGGCUCCAUCUUGACCAUGAAAUUCAGUCCUGACGGCAUGUACCUUGCUAGUGCUGGGGUAGAUGGUGUUGUCCGCGUGUGGAAGGUUCUUGAAGAUGACAUUGUAAAGAAAUUUAGCCUUCAAGAUAGUGAUCCUUCGUGUGUUUACUUUUCACUCGAUGGCUUCUGCAAGUUGGCUCCUCUUGAUGUUCCCACUGGGGAUGACCAUACGAAAAACAUGAUCAAAUCUUCUGACUCAGCAUGCGUCGUUCUUCCACCAAAGGUAUUUCAGUUAUCAGAGAAACCUCUUCACGAGUUUAAUGGACAUAAAGGGGAGGUAUUGGCACUUGCAUGGUCCAAGAAUGGGCAUUUACUUUCAUCUUCUGUUGAUAAAACAGCUCGCUUGUGGCGAGUGGGGGAUGAAAAUUGCCAGGGAGUCUAUUCUCACAAUAAUUAUGUUACUUGUGUAGAGUUCAACCCUGUGGACGAUAAUAAUUUUAUCAGCGGUUCAAUAGAUGGAAAAUUGCGAAUUUGGGAAGUCCAUGGCGGCAGAGUCAUUGAUUGGACCGAUUUUAAAGAAAUUGUGACUGCUGUGGGAUAUCGGCCUGAUGGAAAGGGAGGUGUUGUUGGCUCCAUGGAAGGCACUUGCCGAUUCUAUGACAUCAUAGAUAAUCGUUUGCAAUUAGGUGACUCAAUAUGCUUGAAGGGGAAGAAAAAGUUGGCUGGCAAAAAGAUAACUGGCUUUCAGUAUUGUCCAACUGAUGUGAGCAAAGUAAUGGUCACUUGUGCCGAUGCACAAGUUCAGAUACUAUGUGGAACGAACGUCGUCUGUAAAUUCAAAAGUAAUCGAAGCUCAACAAGCCAAAUGCCGGCUGCUUUCACAUCAGACGGUGAGCAUGUUGUUUCCGCCACAGAGGACUCCAACGUGCGUGUGUGGAACUACAGCAACCAGGAGCAGAAACCCUCCCGAGCAAAGAAAAUAUGGUCGUGCGAAAGCUUCCUGUCCCGCAACGCAUCUGUUGCCAUUCCAUGGUGUGGUGGGCUGAAGCAUAAGCUAGGAGGGUUGCCCGGAAGCAUACAUUUUGAUGAGAAAUUGCUGCAGAAGUUGCAGGCAUCCAUCCCUAUGAGUGUUGGGAACUUCUUGGAUGCUCUAUACAAAGGAGCAGCGACAUGGCCGGAGGAGAAACUUCCCCUUCCAUCGGUGUGCAAGUCGGAUUUCAAGUUCUUGAGGAAUGCAUGGCAGAACGCGUUCAAUUCGCCGAAUCUGUGGGGGCUUGUGAUUGUGACAGCAGGGUGGGAUGGAUGCAUUAGAACAUUUCUCAACUAUGGUUUGCCUAUCAAGUUUUGAGAUUCCAAACUUCUAUUUUUUUGUAGAUCACAAAUGUUGUAAAAGUGUUUGUAAACAACAAUGUAGUAAAGAAAUAUAUUAUUACUAUUAUUAUUUAAUUUUUUAUCCUUUCCAGACAUCCUGCUGGAAUGAGUUUGAA